AUGGUGACCACAGAGCGCGGAGACAACCCCCACUGCCCGAACAUCUUCGGACGUGCCAAGGGAAGCCGGAGGUCCGUGCAGCCGUUCGGAACGUCUUCCUCACAAGCUGGGGACAAGGAAGGGCCGAAGCCGGAGGUCUACUCAGCCGUUCAGGACGUCUCCCUCACGAGCUGGGGACCGGGAAAGGCCGAAGCCGGAGGAAGUGGUCGCCAGGGAGGGCGGGCCCCAAAGCCGAAGGGACUUACCCCAUAUCCUGCCAUCCGGGGGGUUGGUCAGCCACCUGGGUCCGGGGCUACCGCGGCGGUGGAGCUCGAGCGGGCCUCAACGGCGAGUGCCGGAGGCCCUCACCUCAAGCCCCACGUUGGGCACCAGAUGCCCCCUAAACCUCCCUGUCCCUCUUCCCCAAUUCUAACCUCGCCAAGCCCACAGGUGCUAGUCAUGAAGGCUUCCGAAGAGAAGGAAGGAAAAAAGGAUGAGAAUCGACCAAAGCCGGUCUUCCAGGAAUCUUCUCUGUAUCCUAACCUGAUAGACCUGGAGACUGAAUUGUCCCCACCCCCGUAUGCGGAUCCACAUCCGCCCUUGCUUCCACAGGUUCCACAGGUUUCAUCGGGAGAAGCCCGGAGGGGAACCGAGCCUUCAGCUGCUCCCAGAGAGGGGGGCCCUGCCCAUGGAACUCGGGGAAGAACAAGGGGAAUGGUCAGUGUAGCGGAAGAAGAAGACCCAGAAGUCCCCUCCUCCACCGUUCACGCGUUUCCGGUCUGGGCGGGGCCAGCUAGAGUGGGUGGGGAGCGGACAUAUCAGUAUUGGCCCUUCUAAACUAGUGAUCUGUACAACUGGAAAACCCAGACUCCCUCAUUUUCUGAAAAACCGCACGGUCUUAUUGAUCUUUUAGAGUCUAUCCUUUUCACUCACAAUCCCACUUGGGAUGAUUGUCAGUAACUGUUACAGGUGCUUUUUACUACAGAGGAACGCGAACAGAUCCUGUCAGAAGCUCGGAAAAAUGUGCCAGGGGUGGAUGGGAGGCCCACAAUACAGCCUAACCUUAUUGAGGAAGGGUUCCCUUUGGUGCGACCCAGCUGGGACUUCGAACGCACUGAAGGUAGGGAGCAUUUCCGAGUGUACCACCAGACUCUUAUGGCUGGCCUUAGAGCGGCCGCCAGGAAGCCAACUAAUUUGGCCAAAAUAAAUUCAGUGAGGCAGGAGCCAAAUGAGAGCCCAGCAGCCUUCCUUGAAAGGAUAAUGGAAACUUUUAGACAGUAUACCCCUAUGGACCCACAGGCAGAUGAGUCACGAGUGGCAGUUAUGUUAGCAUUUGUAAAUCAAGCAGCCCCCAAUAUUAGAAGAAAGUUGCAAAAGAUAGAGAGGUUAAGUGAACAAUCCUUGCAAGAUCUAGUGAGGGCAGCCGAGAGGGUUUUUAAUCAUAGAGAGACCCCAGAAGAGAGAGAGGACCGCAUUAGAUGAGAAGAAAGGGAAUUUAGAGCUGAAAAAAACCGUAAAAAUCAAAAAGAGCUGGCCCAGAUAUUUUUUGCUGGGGUUGAAAACAAAAACAGGUUCCAAAGAGGAAAAAAAUUGGACUCGAAAACUGAAGAAAAAACAAGGUGUAAGCUUGAGAAAAACCAAUGUGCUUUUUGUAAAGAGUUUGGACAUUGGAAAGAUAAAAAAGGCCAAAAAGAGAGACCCAGAACCCCCAAGAACAAGACCCCUUCUCCUGAAAGUCAAAUCCUCUACACGGGAGAGGAUAGCGACUAGGGGGGUCAGGGCUCAAUGCCCCUCCCCGAGUCCUGGGUAACCAUAAAUGUGGAGGGGAAACCGGUUGGCUUCAUGGUAGACACGGGAGCCCAAUACUCAGUCUUAAACUGAAAAGAUGGACCUAUGUCUAAAAAAUGUAGCUGGGUACAGGGAGCAACUGGGGCUAAACGAUAUGGAUGGACUACAAAACGGCAUGUGAACUUGGGGGCCCACCAGGUAACCCACUCUUUUUUGGUGAUACCCGAGUGUCCAGCACCCUUGCUGGGAAGAGAUUUACUGUCUAAAGUGAAUGCCCAAAUUCAUUUCGACCAUGGACAAGUGUCGGUCUUGGAUGGGACUGGACAUCCUCUUCAGGUCCUGUCUCUGGCAUUGAAAGAUAAAUACAGACUAUAUUUGCCAGAGGCCCCAGCGACAAUAAGCCCCGAAGUACAACCAUGGGUUCAAAGAUACCCUCAGGCCUGGGCUGAAACAGCAGGAAUGGGACUGGCCCAACAGAGGCCUCCUAUCAUUGUGGAACUAAAGGCCAGUGCUUCCCCUGUGAGGGUAUGGCAGUAUCCCAUGAGUCAGGAGGCUCGACAAGGAAUUACUCCUCAUAUACAAUGCCUCAUAGACGCUGGGGUCCUGAAAAGGUGCAGGUCCCCAUGGAACACUCCUCUGUUGCCUGUGAAAAAGCCUGGGGGGACUGAUUUUAGGCCAGUUCAAGAUCUACGAGAAGUCAACAAACGGGUGAGUGAUAUUCAUCCUACGGUUCCUAACCCUUAUACACCGCUAAGCAACUUGCCUCCAAACUACAUUUGGUAUACUGUUUUAGAUUUAAAAGAUGCAUUUUUCAGUUUACCUCUUGCCCCCGCAAGCCAAGAGAUCUUUGCCUUCGAAUGGCAGGAAGACGGUGGUCAGACCCCUGUGCAGCUGACAUGGACUCGCUUAAAACAGGAUUUCAAAAACUCGCUCACGUUAUUUAAUGAGGCCCUGGACGAAGACCUCCGUGAGUAUCGGGUUAAACACCCUACCAUUGUUUUAUGACAGUAUGUUGAUGACCUCAUGCUGGCAGCAGUUACAGAAAAAGAUUGCCAAGAGGCAACAGGUGACCUCCUCCAAACUUUUGGGACUUUGGGUUACAGGUCCAGUGCCGAAAAGGCCCAGAUCGCCAAACAAGAGGUCACAUACCUCGGUUAUAAGAUAAAACAGGGCCAGAGGUGGCUAACACAGGCCAUGAAAAAAACCAUCCUCCAGAUCCCUGAGCCGGCUAACCCUAGGCAAGUGAGAAAAUUUCUGGGAACUGUGGGAUAUUGCCGGUUAUGGGUCUUGGGGUUUGCAGAAAAGGCUAGGCCUCUAUAUGAAGGGAGCAAAGAAAACAAGGACUGGAAAUGGACUGAGCCAAUGAAGAAGGCCUUCCAAGAGCUCAGGCGAGCCUUGCUGGAAGCUCCUGCCCUUGCCCUCCCUGACCCAUCUAAGCCUUUCGAAUUAUUUGUAGAUGAAAAGCGGGGGAUAGGAAAAGGGGUACUAACACAGAAAUGGGGACCAUGGAAGCGACCUGUAGCUUACCUUUCCAAGAGGCUGGACCCAGUGGCAGCCGGAUGGCCACCUUGCCUCCGUAUCAUCGCGGCCACCGCUCUCUUAGUCCACGAUGCUGAUAAACUGACUUAUGGACAGAGACUCUUGGUCUACACUCCUCAUGCCAUAGAGAGAGUUUUAAAGCAACCCCCAGGUAAAUGGAUUUCUUAUGCCUGCUUGACGCACUAUCAGGCCUUGCUGCUUGACACCCCAUGGAUACAUUUCCAAACGCCCUGUGCUCUAAAUCCGGCUACUCUUUUGCCCAAUCCGGAGGGAGAUAGCCCCCUCCAUGAUUGUGAUGAGAUACUGGCUGGGGUAACGGCAAUAUGAAAAGACUUAACAGAUACUCCACUAGAUAACAGUGAGCUAAUAUGGUUUACAGAUGGAAGCAGUUAUGUAAAAGAUGGACAGAGACGGGCAGGAGCCGCAAUAGUAGAUGACGCUGGACAGACCGUAUGGGCUGAGGCCCUUCCCCCAGAUACCUCUGCACAAAAGGCAGAAUUAAUUGCCUUAAUUCAAGCACUAGAGAGAGCCGAAGGAAAGAGAACCAUUUUCACUGACAGUCGCUAUGCCUUUGGCACGGUACACAUCCAGGGCCCAAUAUAUCGGGAACGGGGGUUUGUGACAGCUGAAGGAAAAGAAAUUAAAAGUUUGCCUGAAAUCUGUAGACUUUUGAAAGCUGUACAGAUGCCUCAGGCUGUGUCAAUAGUACACGUACCUGGACAUCAGAAGGGUGACAGCCCCACGGCACGAGGGAAUCGUGCCGCGGACCUGGCAGCUCGAAAAGCAGCUGAUGAAGAUUUCAUCACCCCUCAGCACUGGGAAAUAGAUUUCACCGAGGUAAGGCCAGGCAAAUAUGGUUACCGGUACUUGUUAGUCUUGGUAGAUACCUUCUCAGGGUGGGUAGAGGCUUUUCCUACAAAGGGAGAAACCGCGACGAUAGUAGCAAAAAAGAUUUUAGAAAAAAUAGUUCCCAGGUUUGGCUUGCCGGUGACCAUUGGCUCUGAUAACGGACCUGCUUUCGUGAGUCAAAUAGUUCAGAGCCUUGCCCUAGCCCUGGGGACCAAAUGAAAAUUACAUUGUGAAUACAGUCCACAGAGCUCAGGGCAAGUUGAAAAAAUGAAUCAGACCCUAAAGGAAACUUUAACUAAAUUGGCUAUAGAGACUGGCGGGGACUGGGUGACCCUCCUUCCCUUCGCCCUCUUCCGUGCACGUAAUACUCCUUAUCAUCUCAAUCUGACCCCAUUCGAAAUUCUGUAUGGGAGACCUCCCCCUAUAUGUCCAGUCUUUGAAGGGAAGAAACUACCACCUCCCAUGCUGGGACAAUUCCAAGAGGCCUUGAUGGCCUUAAGUAAGGUACAUUCCCGUGUUUGGAAACUGCUCCGGGAAAUACAUGUGGGUCAGGAUAAGGGAACUGUCCCCUCACAUGACAUUGACCCAGGAGAUUGGGUAUGGGUCAGAAGGCACCAAACCAAGGCACUAGAACCCAGAUGGAAGGGUCCUUAUGUUGUUGUUCUUACCACCCCAACUGCCCUAAAGGUCGACGGUAUCGGGCCGUGGGUGCACUGCAACCACGUACGCUGA